UUGGGCAAAUUGCAAACAGCAAGCAAAAGUUGCACAACUUUUGCGUUUAUAUAUCACACAAUCAUUUCAAGAAACCAUAAGCCACACACAACAAAAAACACUCUUCAUUAAGAAAAGAAAAAAAAAAAAACCAUAUCAGAUCAAAUCACUACUACAAUUAUUAAGAUUUUGCAGAGUAUAUAUCAAACCAUCAAUGGCGGAUUCGUCUCAGAAGAAAACCAGAAGAAACGCAAUAACACAUAAAGCAUGGAGUCUCGUCAGGAUGGCUCUUCUAUGGGGAAGAAAAGGUGGAGUUUUCAAAAGAUGGCCUUUGUUCGAACUACGUAGCUUGUUCUCCAAGCAUCUCAAAGCCCUAGCGCAUAUGCGUCAUCAUAGUAGUAGUAACGGUGACCGUUAUUACGGAGAACGCCAGCUUUCGUUUGAUGAAACGCCGUUAUUUAACGUCAAGAAACAUUGUCCUACUACAUCGUCUAUGAGGUUCCUCCUCCUUCCCUGCAUUGCUCCUCCCGUAGAUUUUGACUACGACUUUGAAAUGGACGGUCAGGAUUAUUCCAAUGAGGUAAAAUUGUACGGUUACGAUGAAUUAAAGUAUGAAUCUUGUACGGAAGAAGAUGAUGAGGAAGAAGAGAAAGGGGUGGAUGUGAGAGCAGAGGAGUUCAUUGCUAAGUUCUAUGAGCAGAUCAAGUUGCAGAGACAAGUCUCUUAUUUGGAAUACAAACAGCACAAAGACGCCGUAUAGUUUAUAGAUUUAUGGUGAUGAUGCUUAUUAUUUUUGUUUAUUUAUGAAUGCAGCUUUUGUCUUUUUUCUUUUCUUUUCUUUUGU